UUAAUUUGAUUAAAUUGAACUUUGAAUUUGAAUUGAUCAAUUGAAUUUGUAAAUUGUAGUGCCCGCAGAACAUGAAUAAAUAUUGAUUAAUAUUGAAUAAGGAUAAGAGUAAGACAGUUUGUUUUACAUAAUGGCAGAAUUCCUAAAAGGAAUGAUAUUGUCUGUCUUAUCAGAAAAAUGUUACAAUGAAUUUUUCGUCAGAUACAACUUUCUCGACGAACCAUGUUUAAAAGCAACGCUAAGCAAAGGACUUGGCAUAGGUAUCAUUGCUGGUUCAAUUUUGGUGAAAGUGCCUCAGAUUUUAAAAAUUGUUGCCAAUAAAAGUGCUGAGGGUAUAAAUAUUUAUGGCGUGUAUUUGGAACUGUUUGCGAUAACUGCAAACUUUGCCUACAGUUAUAUUAUGAACUUCCCUUUCAGUGCUUGGGGUGAAGGUACAUUUUUAGCAAUACAGACUGCGAUUAUUGCAUCACUGGUGCUACAUUAUGGUGGGUCACCAGGCAAGGCUACAGUGUUUCUUGCUACAUACGUAGGGCUUGUCUCUGCUGUAGUCAGUGGUUAUGUACCUAAAGAUGUACUGUGGAACAUGCAAGCUGUUAAUGUUCCAAUAAUUGUCAUUGCCAAGUCCAUUCAAGUGUUAACAAACUACAAGAAUGGUAGUACUGGUCAACUGUCUGCAGUCACUUGCCUCCUCCUGUUUGGAGGCAGUAUUGCAAGAAUAUUCACUUCUAUUCAGGAAACUGGCGAUUCUAUCAUAAUAAUCACAUAUUGUGUAUCAACAAUCGCCAAUGGAGCUUUGGUGUUGCAACUAUUCUGGUAUUGGAAUGUAGUUAAGACCACCAAAAAUGUAAAUAAGAAAAAGAAGAAGCGCAUAUAAGUAGAAUGGUAAAAAUAUUUUUUUAAGCAAUUUACUUUGAUGGCUGUUUUUGUGUUUUAUAUUUGAAUAAAUUUUAAUAGAUUUUU